AGUGGCGCAGCGCUGAAGGUGGCUGUGUGUCACCGCCGGGUGAGUCCGCGGUCUGUGCCUGGCCGGGGCGGUGCGACUUUUCCCGGCCAGCUUGGGUCAGAGGAAGCCGAAAGCGGGCUCAGCGAGGUGAAGCGCCAGAGACUGCAGAGGACCCAUCAAAACUUUGCAGACUUCGGGAUGUACCGGGCUAUGUCGCUGAGGACUUGACUCACCUCCUCCUCACUUCCCCACCACCUCCUCCCUUCCCCACCACCUCCUCCCUUUCCGCUCCCACAGUCCAGUCGGCUCGCUCGGGGCUUCCAGCUGUCAGACUCCCCACUCCCCUGAUUUCGUGUCUAGGGGUGGCGACCCAGAAUUCUGUUUGCAUGCACAGCCAGCAGCCGGAGAGCCAGAUCCCCAAACUGGAUAUCUUUUGACUUGGCUGCUAGCCCGGGCCUCAGAGUCUUGAGUGUGGGCCGCUGAGCUUAGGCCCGAGCGCCAUGGCCGAGCGGCAGGCUGGCUCGGCCGCCGGGGACUGGGAGAUCGACGUCGAGAGCCUGGAGCUGGAGGAGGACGGCUGCGGCGCGCCGCCAUCCACGCCACCAGGGCCCAGACUGCCGCUGGCCGACGGUGACGGCGAGGACGACGAUGAUGAUGAUGAGGAGGACGAAGAAGCGGAGGAAGAGGGCAACGGGGAGGAGGCGGGCGCGUCCCCUGGGGUUCCGGGCCAGCGGGAGCAGCAGAUGGGAUUGCCACCCAGGCGGUCGCCAGCGUCCCAGGCCUUGCCUGCCCGGGCGGGGCCCCCAGAGCGCCGCGCGAACGCAGGAGGCGGCUCCGAGCCCCGCAAGCUGAGCCGCACGCCUAAGUGCGCGCGCUGCCGCAACCACGGAGUAGUGUCCUGCCUCAAGGGCCACAAGCGCUUCUGUCGCUGGCGCGACUGCCAGUGCGCCAACUGCCUGCUGGUGGUGGAGCGUCAGCGUGUCAUGGCCGCCCAGGUGGCGCUCCGGAGGCAGCAGGCCACCGAGGACAAGAAGGGGCUUUCUGGGAAACAGAAUAAUUUUGAGCGCAAAGCUGUGUACCAGAGGCAAGUCAGGGCCCCCAGUUUGCUGGCCAAAAGCAUUUUAGAAGUUCUCCUUGGAUUAUUCUACAACUGUAACAAUGUGUACAUAAUGAGCCAUCUUUAGAAAAUAAAAGUGACAUCAGCUCUAGGUAUAGAUUACCUUUUUUAAUAAUGAAAAAAGAUGACAUGGAUAAUAAUGAAACAUUAAUUGAAGCAAGAUGAGUAGCUUCGUCUCUUAAUAUAUAAAGGCCUGGGAAGAAUAUUAAUAUUUCAUUCUGUAAAGUAUGCCUAUUGUAGCAAGCAAGCAAACCCAUAACAACAAAAACAACAAUAACAAAAAAGUUUCAAUGUGGAUAUCUUUCUUGCCAAAGGAAACUAUUUUGAACUGAACCUAUACUUUUGCUUUUUGUAUAACAAAUGCUAGUGAUCUAGAACUGUAAAUAAGUAUUCUGCUGAUUCGUAGUGUUUCUAUUGCCUUCUGGCUUUCCAGGUUUUUCUUUCCUAGAUGUUGAUGACUUUCAUGUGCAAUGUUUGCUUAUUUUAGGAUAUCGCCCCAUUCCAGCGGACACUUACAUAGGAGGGACCUUCUCUCUACCUCCCCCAGUCAGUGACAGGAUGAGGAAAAGAAGAGCCUUUGCUGAUAAAGAGUUGGAGAACAUUAUGCUGGAGAGAGAAUAUAAAGAGAGGGAGAUGCUGGAAACUUCCCAAUCUGCUGCCUUGUUCCUGCCCAACCGCAUGGUGCCAGGACCCGAAUAUAACUCUUACAAAACUGCCUACAGCCCCAGCCCAGUGGAACCGCCAAGCGAAGAUUUCUGCAAUUUUUUGCCUACCUGCCUUGAUCUAACCAUGCAGUAUUCAGGGUCCGGGAAUAUGGAACUAAUUUCUUCCAAUGUCAGUGUGGCCACGACUUACAGACAGUAUCCCUUGUCCUCGAGAUUUUUAGUUUGGCCCAAGUGUGGCCCCAUUAGUGACACCCUUCUCUACCAGCAAUGCCUGCUAAAUGCCACCACUUCUGUUCAAGCCCUGAAGCCUGGGGCCAGCUGGGACUUCAAGGCAGCCCGAGUCCAGGAUGGACUUAGUGCAGAGCAUGACAUGAUGCCACCAAAAUUGGAAGGUUCCCUGGUGCUGCCUCACACUCCUGAGGUCCACACCUCUAGAAGUGACCUUCAUGGUCAUCAGGCUGUCCCCGAGAGGUCCGCAUUCUCCCCACCCCGACGGAAUUUCUCUCCCAUUGUUGACAUGGACUCCUUGGCAGCUCAAGGGCAUGUCUUAACCAAGAUCAGCAAAGAAAACACCAGGCACCCUCUGCCACUUAAACAUAAUCCAUUCCACUCAUUAUUCCACCAAACGCUUAACGAUGCAUCAGGUCCUGAGUUGAAAACACCAUUUGUCAAAGAAGCCUUUGAAGAGACCUCUAAGAAACACAGGGAGUGUUUAGUCAAGGAAAACCAGAAGUACACAUUUACAAUAGAUAGAUGUGCAAAAGACCUUUUCGUAGCCAAACAAGUUGGAACAAAACUCUCAGUGAGCGAGCCGCUGUCAUUUUCUGUUGAGUCUAUUCUUAAGAGGCCUUCGUCUGCUAUCACUCAUGUCUCUCAGUGAAAGGCUGCUUAAACAGAAAGCUGGAUUUUCUGCAGUCUCCCAGGGUUCUUGCCAUUCAUUAAGUUUUUUUUUUUUAAAAGUCAAGAUGUUUGUAUAAAGAAAUUUCUAAUGUAAAAAGUGAUGAUUUCUAAAAAUUCUAUAUAUUCUUAUGCAUGUACUUUUUCUUAUCCCCUAAAUAUAUUUAAAGAUGGAAAUUGCCUAAUGGGCAAAUUGUGAAGUUUCAUGCUUUACACAACAUUUCAAAAAGCAAUAAAAUUGACACUAUCUUCUAAAAGACCCA